GAUGGCGGCGGCGGGAGGCGGCGGAGCGGCAGCGGCGCGGCGGGGGCUGCUCAAGCGCAAACCCAACUUCACCCUGCAGGAGCUGGAGGUGCUGAUGAGCGAGGUGCUCCGGUACGAGCCGCUGCUGUUCGGCGCCGCCGCCGGCACCGUCAACGCCUACGAGAAGCAGAAGAUCUGGUGGCGGAUCACGCACAAGGUGAACGCCGCCGGCCGCCACCAGCGCGACAUCGGCGAGGUGAAGAACCGCUGGCGGGGGCUCCGGCGCCGCGCCGGGGACAAGAUCAGCCGGCACCGGCUGGAGCGGCAGGGCCCGGCCGGCAGGGCCCCCGGCAGGAGCAGCAACGGGAGUAACGGGAGUAACGGGAGUAACGGGAGCGGCCCCGCAGAGCCCGGCCCCGCACCCGCCCCCACGCCCGCCUGGGACACGCGCGGGGCCGGCCACGAACCCUCCGCACGGACACAGCAGGGACCGGCACCCCACG